UGCGCUCCUUGCUAGCCAAGCCAUGGCACUUCCCAGCAAAUUCUUCCUUUGGUUUUGCUGUUUUUCCUGGUUGUAUUUUCCUAUUAGCCAUGGUUCUCAGACUUCUAGAGAAGUUCAGAUUGCCGCUAGUGCUGAGUCGGGAUCUGAGGCUGAGCUGCAGUCUCUAGAUGGGAGAGACCAGUCUGGCCUCCUUCCCUCUCUCUUCAAGACUCUGUACGAUGGGCAAGGUGGGGCCCCUAGGCUGCAGCCAGACUCCAGAGCUUUGCGCUACAUGAAGAGACUAUACAAGGCAUAUGCUACCAAGGAGGGAAUCCCUAAAUCCAACAGAAGUCACCUCUACAACACUGUUCGGCUCUUCACCCCCUGUUCCCAGCACAAGCAGGCUCCUGGGGACCAGGUGACAGGAACCCUUUGGUCAGUGGACGUGCUGUUUAACCUGGAUCGUGUUACCGCUGUUGAACACUUACUCAAGUCAGUCUUGCUAUACACUUUGAGCAACUCAGUUUCUUUUCCCCUUGCUGUUAAAUGUGUGUGCAACCUGGGGAUCAAGGGACCAGAGGUUUCUACCAAGGCUCUCCCUGGAGCUCCAUACUCACUUACCUUUAACUCGCAGCUGGAAUUUAAAAAGAAAUACAAAUGGGUUGAGAUUGAUGUGACCACUCUCCUUCAGCCCUUAGUGGCCUCCAAGCAGAGAAGUAUUCACAUGUCUGUAAAUUUUACGUGCGUGAGAGACCAGGGACGGCAUCCUUCAGCACAGAACAGUUCCUCUGACAGGACUCCUCUGGGGCCCCCGUCACUGCUUCUGUAUUUGAACGACACCAGUGCUCAGGCCUAUCACAGCUGGUACUCCCCGCGCUACAGAAGGAGGCCUUCACAGCAUCCUGACCCCGAGAGAGGUCUGUCUGCCUAUCCUCUGGGAGAAGAGGCUGCUGGGAGUGUAAGGGCUUCCCGUCACCGGCGAGGUCAGGAAACUGUCAGCUCUGAAUUAAAGAAGCCUCCCGUUCCAGCUUCUUUCAAUCUGAGUGAAUACUUCAAACAGUUUCUUUUUCCCCAAAAUGAGUGUGAGCUCCAUGAUUUUAGACUUAGCUUUAGUCAGCUGAAGUGGGACAACUGGAUCGUGGCCCCGCACAGAUACAACCCUCGGUACUGUAAAGGGGACUGUCCGAGGGCAGUGGGCCAUCGCUACGGCUCUCCAGUUCACACCAUGGUGCAGAACAUCAUCCACGAGAAGCUCGAUUCCUCAGUGCCGAGACCUUCAUGCGUACCUGCCAAAUACAGCCCUUUGAGUGUUCUGACCAUUGAGCCAGAUGGCUCGAUCGCUUAUAAAGAAUACGAAGAUAUGAUAGCCACUACGUGCACCUGUCGUUAACACAGGGUCCUCUAAGCUAAAACCUUGAGCCUUUUUGGCAAAGUAAAUACAGUGCGUGUGCCCAUCUGCCCUUUCAGGAGAAAACUUCCUUUGUCAAAUCUCUAAAUAUAAAGCAGUGUGUGUUGUAUAAGGAGAAGUCUGGGUAGAUGAGCACAUUCUGUGGCAUCUAUCCAUGUAAAGGGGCAUUAUCUGCCUUUGUAUUUCCAAAUGUAAAUGAAAUGUAAUUAUUUUGGGAGAGCUUUCUUUUCCCUGAGUGAUUAUUUUUUUUCUUUUCAUGGGAGUCUGGUUUUUGAUGUAAGAAAAAAAAUCUUAACUAGCAUAAAUCUGGAUUGAAACUGCAGUGCUAAACAGAGUGCAGAGUGC